CCACCAUCCGCUAGCUAUUUUAGCAUCUAGCUGGAUGAGACGCUAACCAGAGACGCAGGGAUAUCUGUCCACUGACUUUGGUUAUGUGUCUCGCUUGAAUUUACUGAAGUUACCAGACGUCCAAGUGACUAACUCGAAGGCCUGGUCGAAGAUGCAGUUCAUGCUGUUGUUCAGCCGGCAGGGAAAGCUGAGGUUACAGAAAUGGUACGUGCCUCUCUCUGACAAGGAAAGGAAGAAGAUCUCCAGAGACCUGGUCCAGACCAUACUGGCCAGGAAGCCCAAGAUGUGCAGCUUCUUGGAGUGGCGGGACCUCAAGAUUGUGUACAAGAGGUAUGCAAGCUUGUAUUUCUGCUGUGCAGUCGAGGAUCAGGAUAAUGAGCUGAUAACUCUGGAGAUCAUCCAUCGAUAUGUGGAGCUGCUGGACAAAUAUUUUGGCAGUGUUUGCGAGUUGGAUAUUAUCUUCAACUUUGAAAAGGCUUACUUUAUCCUGGAUGAGUUCCUGCUGGGCGGAGAGGCCCAGGAGACGUCCAAGAAAAACGUACUGAAGGCCAUCGAGCAGGCUGACCUGCUGCAGGAGGAGGCCGAGGCACCACGGAGCGUUUUAGAAGAAAUCGGGCUGACAUAAAUGAUCACGCUGCUGCCCCGCAGGUCGUGUUUCCAGAUGCAGAUCUGGCAACCUCCAUGUCUCUCUCCUGUCUUCUCCUGUUCACUGUGUCAGUGUUGUAUGUAUAUAAUCACCAUCUCUGUACUGUAUUACUCUGUACUGUACUAUCCAGUAAUGUCCUUUUAAUGUGGUGCCAACUGUGGUUUUAAUGUGUCUCCUAUGUACAAUCUCCCUCACUGUAUUCUGCAGUACUAUUAGCAUACUUCACACACUGAACUUCUUAAAACUCUACAGAGUACAAUGUAGCGACGACAUCAAAACUCCAGCAUCAUAUUAAAAUCAUCCAUCAUCACUGAUUGCAGAGCUGUGUAUGCUGUUAGGCUUAAAGAACUUUUUUAAGGUGCUGUUGUAGCGGCAGCCAGUGCUUCGCUUGUAUUACCAUCACAUUUAAAUCACUGAGCUGAGCAACUGCUUUCAUGAAAAUUAAUACUCUAUUAUCUCUGAAAAACCCACAUGGUUGUUUAACAAAACUUACAGCUGUUGUGAAGGCAUGCCCAAAAUCCUUAGAGACUCUUCUGCCAGUUUGGUUGAAAAAAACAGUCUGUCCACCAUGCAAUUUAGAAAAAAAAAAACAAAAAACAUCUUAUUUCUCAAAUUGACUUUUUCCUAAUCCAGGUAGGUGGGAGUGACAGAUAUCUAAGGCUGCAACUAAUGAUUAUUUUCAUAGUCAAUAAUCUGUUGAUUAUUUUCUUGACUAAUUGUUUUGUGUUUUUUUCAAAGAUCAUUGGGUAUUAAUGUUUUGAAAGAUAGCUCUGUGACUCAAACGUAAUUUGUACAUGAGAAGCACCGACAGCGGCUAGUGCUGUUGUGGGAAUCACUUACACUUACAAUCACACACGGGUAAAUUCAACCCUCCACUUAAGUGAUAUUAAAGCGUUUCCCAUGAUCAGUGUCUGUGAAUAUGUUAAGUAGGUUUGUACAAGUUUGUGUUUAGUGAUUCCCCUUCAGAAAUCAAUCAUCUCAUCUUUACUUUUCAAGACUUAAUCAUUUACCUUUUGGUCAACAUGAGCUGUUUGUUUGUAAUCAGUGUCAUGUUUGUUAAGAUUGUCACCUUGUUGUCUUUAUUUUUCCGACGAUUGACUUAAAUGAAAACAUUUGUUUAACAUUGGAGCUUGUAACGGCCUCUGGGGGUAAAUCUUAGGUCAGUCUCUCCCUUAGUCUUAGGUCAGGAGCAAAGCAUAGUGACCCAAAUAAAAGAAGCAGUAUUUCAUGUAUUGUGAUAGUUUGGCUUAAAGACUAACAAAUGACCAAAGAACACUGUGUUUUACUCUCUCUAUGGUGUCUAUGGAAAGCUAAUAUGGCAAAAAAGGGAUUUAGGACAGCAGCAUGUUUGACAAAGAACAAAUAUGUGGUGGUUAUUUGGUCACAAUAUACCAGUAUUAUGUAAUUAUUACAAUCGGUUUAAAGACAGGUCUGCCCUUUCUUCAUGUCAGAACGUAAGAAGAUAAACUGCACAUAUCAGGAUACAUCAUUAAUAUUCAUCACUGUGGGCUCGUUCACUUGGGAUACAGGAAAUAAAAAAGCCAACAGUAAUGAAUCGAUGCUCAUCCCAGCUGUACGGCAGAUUUUUAUCUGCAUUCUAGAAAGUGUUUUUGUUGAACAUUUUAAGUAAUUAAUUUGAAACAGGUUCACCUUUGAUUUGUGCAAAAGAAAUCACUUUUUGUAUUUGACACUGCCAACACAUUGCCAACAUUUUUUUCUUAUAUCUGAAAGUUAUUAACAAUAAAUGUAUGAAAGAAAGAAAAAAAACAUUUGUUGAUCUUUUGUUCUUUUUUUACUAAGCAACAAUAACCAUGUUCAAUAAUGAAACAUUAACCAUUUUCAAAAUAUUCAAAUAUGUACAUAUCUGUGCUAACUUACAGCAUCACUGCUUAAAACAUCAAUUUAUGCCUCUGUGUACACAAAAUUAAAGGGAGAAGAGCCAGAGCAAAUUCACAGAUUU